AUCUGAAAAAAUUGGCAAGACAUUGAAAAGUUAAAAUAAAAAAAAGAAGAAAAUUUAUUUUUUUGAGUUUUUAGCAAAAUAAUUAUAAUUGUACGGGAAGUAAUUAUAAUUAUUAAAUAAUUAAAUGUCUUUAUGGCGCGUGGACGUAAUCAAAAUCGCGGACGUAACCAACAAAUACAAAAUACGCAGCUAAAAAAUUUUCCACUUAAUCAAGAACAACAAAACCUACAGCAAUCGCAUCCUCUGCUAUUGCCCAAUACAGUGUCUGUGCAACAACAAUCUUCAAAUACUAAAGCCACCACCAACAACACAUCCACCACUACUACCAAACCAUCCUCUAACCAUUUAACAAAUGCACCUGUUGCCAACAUCAAUAAACAACAGUGCAACAACAGCCAGAAGAGCAACACUACCUCGCCCUCUAUAAAUUCUGAAAGUUACGGCCAUAUUAAUAAAAAUAAUAAUAUAAAUGCAAAUAAAAAUCUAAACAUUGAAAGUAAUAAAACAAAUAAUAAUAAUUAUAAUUAUAAUGAUGCAAAUUGUUUAGAAGCCAAUGGCGGUGAUGAAGAUCUGAAAACACACCUUGAGACAAACGGCGACCCCGCUAUAUCUUCUUCUACUACAAAUACAACUUAUCAAAUGACGAUGUCUAAUAAUAGCUCAGAGAAUUUUAGCCAAGUCAAAACGAAUGACGAUACUCACGAUAUCGAUGCCGACUCACAUAAUGAAGAUCAUCAUAAUGAUAAUGCUCUCCCUGAUAAUUACAGUAAUUCAGCAAAUCUCUCAUUAGAUGCCUCUCUGGAGAGCGAAAAUAUAGCAAUGCUGAAUAACGGUAUAAACGAAGAGUAUGAUAGGCCAGAAGCACUAAUCAAUCGUUCUCCGGUCAUCGAGCAAAACGGGAGUGUGAUCGCGUCAGUAACGGGUAACAACAGCGUUCAAAGCGUUAACAAAUCGGCUAACGGGCAGUUAAAUGAUUUAACGGAAUGUGAUCGUGAUCGUUUGUUAUCGGAAAAUAUAGAUAAACGUGACAUUGACAGUCCAGCCGCAAUGGGACAAAAAAAUACUAAAGGUGAUAAUACAAACACCUCUUCAAACUCUCCUUCACCAACAGUAACGCCCUCUUCGAGUACGCGGGCAUUUCGCGAAUCGUCUGUAACAUCGUCGGUGCCAUCGUCAUCAAACCACGAAGGUUAUGCCGGAAAUACCAUUAACCAACAGCGCGGUCAAUCGCCUAGCAUGCAUGUGCCCACAAUCACUGUGGUAGACUGCAGCAGCACCGUGGGUAACCAUCAAACUGCCAAAAGUUAUGACAGUAAUAAAACAGAUAAAGAUGAAUUUUAUGAUUUCGAAAUGGAAACGCCACAACAGCAGCUCUACCAGAAACAACAAAAACAACAACAAGAGUUCAGUGAUCACAACAAUGAAAACAAAGAAUACGAUCAUGCCGCUGCUGCUGAUGCCAUAAAUACAACGCAAAAAACCAACUCCUCUUAUGGUAUGCAACGCACUGCAUCACCAACGUCAAUGUACUCACGUUAUAAUUACAUCAAACUCGAAGAUGUCGAAGAAGAAGACGAAGAAGAAGAGGAGGAUGAGGUAGAAGAACACGAAGAAGAGGACGAGGGAGAACAUGAAGACGAAGAUGAGACCAAACAUGCACAAAGAGAACAACAAAUUGUGUAUACCUCUAGUAAUAGUAACAGCAAUAACCUUGACAAUGAAUAUCAGCAAUACAAACACUUAAAUUCACUUAGUCCAGAAAGGCAACAACAACAACAGCAGCAACACAUUAAAAGCACAAACAUAAAUAUCAACAACCACAACAAUAGUGAUUAUAACUUAAGCACAAGUUUUCCCGAUUCAGGCAUGGGAGAAUCUAUAGCAUCGUCAUCCACAAAUAGCCGGUAUAUAAAUACCAACGAUGCAGAUUGUGAUGAUGCCAGUAACACUAUGAAACAACAACAAGAAAAUACACGAGAUGUGGAACAACAACAUCAACAACAACAACACAUGCCAUUUGUGCGUGAUGGCUACUCAACCGAUUGUGAUGAAACAUUAAUGCAGUGCGAUGAAUUACUCUUAGAUUUUGCCGAAUCACCAGAUUAUUUAGAUCCCGCCUCUUCGGAACGUUUAGUGUGUAUUGAAAGCAUAAGUUUACCAGAUGUUGUUGUCGAGUCAACGAACUCAUCCGGUAAUUGUGGAAUAAGUACAAAUAAUAAUGCUGCCACAUCAUCAUUAUUAACAACGUCUUCAUCAUUAUCCCCAUCCUCCAAUUCAGGUGCAGAUCGUGAUUAUAUUAAUAUAAAUGGUGCCACUGGUACUACACUAAAUAGUGUCCACUUUAUACCCAUUCAUGUGGAGGGUAGUAAUAAUAGCAGUAAUGUUGGUGGUGGUGGUAGUGGACGCUCAUCACCUCGCAAACAAAGUGUCGAUGAUAGCCUUGUUGGUAGUAGUCGAGCUACAAUAGAAAUUGUAGAAGAUGCCACAGAACUGCAGCAUUCGCCAUCUAGUACAAGAUCAUCAACAAAGAAUCUUAGUGAUGUUAUUGCAGAGAAAUUAAAAAAUGAUUUAUUAGAACAGAAAGCACAAUUUAAUGUACAGCUAGAAGAUGCACAUAAAAAUGUGAACAGUUUAGAAACGAAAAUCAGUGAAAUGAAAAUGAAAAUUGAAAAACUGGAACAGGAGUUAUCGGCGAAAACCUGGAACGUUGAAAGAUUACAGGGUGAAUUAAAUGCAGCUCACAAAGAUGAUGAAUAUGUUCGUAAAAAACUCAAACUACUAGAAGAUGAAAAGACCAGUCUACGUCAUCGGUUUAGUGAAAAUGAGGAUGAAUUAAAAAGAAAAUAUGACGACCUUGAAAUACAGUACAAUGAAUUGCAAGAGAAAUACAAACAAACUCAAAGCUUGGCAAGUAAUUUGCAUACACAACUGGCAAAGGCCCAGACAGAGGCGGAAGAAUGGCGCGAAGAAGUGGAUAAGAUACGCAAUGAACUUGAGGAACAAAUCAAAGUUUUACAAAAUGCCCUGGAAAAUUCCGAAAAUGAACGUAAGAUUUGUGAAGACAAAUGGCAGAGGGAAUUUGAAAUGCUAAGGACUCAUAAUAUGGAAACUGAAGAAUCCAUUAUGACCGAUUGUGAGUGGCAAUUGCGUCAGAUGCAACGUCAGUGUAAAGACAAAAUCGACAAAGUCGAAAGUGGCAGGCGAGAGGCUGAAGAUAAAGUUGAACAACUUGAGGAGGAACUGGAAGAACGUCGCAAAGAGAUAGACGAUUUAAAAAUAUAUCAGGCCCAAGUGAACUCUCUCAGAGGAGUAGUCAACGAACAAGAACAGUCUAUACAAAAUCUAGUCUCUCAAAUUGAACACUUAAAGAGUGAUUUGGCAAUUGCCAAUGAAAACCUUUCCGAACAAAUUGAAGCAGUUAAGAAAAUUAAAUAUCAUUGUGAUAAUGCUCUCUAUGAUAAGGAACGUCAAAUGAUGUAUCGCAUCGAUGAGGUACGCAAUGAGGCUGCCUCUUUCUGGGAGGACAAACUUUACACAGAGAUGACAAGACUGAAAAAUGAACUAGAAUCGGUAUAUGUAGAUGAACGACGCGAAGCUUUGGACAAGCUACAGAAUGAACAUGUAGAAGAACUUAAAGCUUUGACCAACCGCUAUACAGAUAAUGAGGAAGAAUUGCGCAUGGAAUUGGCCGAAACACAGCAACGCUUAGAACAAAAAACUCAAGAAUUUAUAGAAUUACGAGAAAAGUCCGACAAUGCUUUAUUGCAAACACGCAUGCAUUUGGAUCGAGCAGAUCGGGAAUUCCAAAAGGCCAUGUGUCAGGAAGAAGAACGCAGAGAAGCUUUAGAAACUUCUUUACGUGAAGAGUUCGAACACGAAAAGCAAGAAAUGGAGGAAAAGUUCCGUGAACGUUUGGGUCAAGUCAAAGAUGAAUUUGCCAAAGAACUGCAGAUUAAUACACAAGAAUUAGAAGAAGAACAUAAGAAAGAAAUAGAACAAUUAAAAGCCAAAUUACAAACCGAAAAGGACGAGGCUUUGCAACAACUUAGCGAAAAACAUCGCAAGAAACUGGCCGAUGUGGAUGAAAAAAUCAAAGAUAUUGAGCAGCGCCACAAGCAUGAUCUUAAAGAUCUAAAAGCUGCCUAUGAUGCCGAAAAGGCUGCCCUCGACAAAAGAGACAUCAGCAAUGCCAACGAAAUUGAACAGUUACAUAGAAAAUGUCGCUGUCUCACCAAUCUAUUCGAAGAAAUGCGUAUGCGCUACGAAAGACGUGAUCCUCGACCUGAGGAUCUAAGAGAAAUAGCUGAACUACGUGCCCGCUGUGAAUCUCAGGAACGUGAUUUGUAUUUGCUGACCGAUCGUCUGAGAGAAAUGCAAAUACAAAUGAACGAAUUGCAACAGAAUGGUGUAGAGUGCAAUACCAUGAACAAUAAAAAUAAUAAAAAAUCGAAACAGAUAAAGAAGCCACCGCCAAAAACUAUACCAACAAAUUGCGAUGUUAUUUACGAAGAAAACGAAGAACGAGAAUCACCGCCACCCACACAAAAUUCAAUAUAUACAAAUAAACAACAGAUUAAUAAUAAUUACAAUAAUGAAGACGAUCAUAAUGAAGAUGAUGAUACCGACGAUGCUGAGAAUGACGUAGAAAAUAAUGAAGAGGAAAACACAGGUGAUAAUAUUGCUAAAGAUCAAAGAAUCAUUGAUGUUAAAGAAAAAAUCGAUCAGUCUUCUUACAAAGAAAAAAAUACAAAAUUAUUGAUCAAAGACAACGUAGAUGACAGUCACAUGAUUACAGCUGUUUAGGAAGAUUCCAAGCGAAACACAAAGCAUAUCAUAAUUGAAGCUAAAAACUAUAAACGGCUGCAAAAGAACAAAAAUCCAAAAAAAAAACAUGAUUAAGAGGCAUACCUCCGUGACUAGAUUUGUCAUUGUCAGUCAUAACGUUUCAAAUCGUUGAUUAUAAAUCUGUAACGAAAUGAUUCGAAAUCAGAUGCUUUUUUCAAAACACUACCAAUUUCUGCGUGUUUACACACAAAAUUAUAAAUAAAAUACAUUUUAUUUAAAAUUUAUGAACUAAAGUUUUUUUGUAAAAUACUAUUUCUACUUUUAAUAUACGGUAUCUCGUGUAUUAAAAAUGCACGCGUUUGUCAUUAGUUACAUUUAUAUGAUUUGCGUAUUAUUUUAAUUUCAUUAUUUUCUUUAUUAUUGUAAGAAUUUAUUAUAAAUAUUCUCAAUUGCUUCCUAUUAAUUCGUUGACUAGUUUUAGUUUUAUUGCGGAAAUUUAUUAUUAUGUUUUAUUUCCAUUUACGACAAAA